AUGGCACAGUUUAAUUUUGUGGCCGUGUGUCUGAUAAUUAUUGUCUUGUUGAAAAUAUCUACAUCAUUCACUGAAGGGCUUGUGUUAAAAUCAGAAGCAGAUAAUGCUAGAUAUACAUCCCCUCGUCAGGACGUUGCUUCAGAGUCUACAUUACCAACUAAUGCACAGACAAGAGCAGUUACUGGAAAGGUCGGAGCGUUUGUUGGCGGAAAGAUGUUCGAUUAUUUCUUGACGAG